UGUUAAUUACAAAAUAUAUAUAUAAAUGUAUAUACAUAUAUGUAUUCAUUGACUGGUGUUUCAGUACGUACUUGGCAUACAUGGAACUCACAUUCUGUCAUUCUUCCCUAAGGUUACCAGCCAUUAGCCCUUCAUGUUGCAAAGCCUCCUCUCAUAACAGUAGGUUGAUAACAAUAAAGCCCGUAACCGAAAAUAUCAAACCCUUCGGUUCACUGUCAAAGUACUGCGGUGACAAAGUGAUUCGUCCAGUAGGAAUCCAUGGCGAAAGCAGAUUCUCAAGAUUCUUAAUAUAUGGCCAACAUAAACGCAAUUCCAUACAGACAUGCGCUCAAAAUGAAUCUGAUGGUUCCGAUCCGAUACUUCUCAAAGCUCAAGAUGAAGCGAAUUCAAUACUUGCAAGAGUUUCGCGCUUUGGAUCUGCUUGCUUUAAGUUUGUAAGGCCCUUUGUGAUGUUGCAAGUGCUGAUAACUGCCAGUUCUUUGUUUGCGAGAGUUUUGGUUGAGAAUCCACAGUUGUUUAAAUGGUCUCUGUUGUUUAAGGCAAUCCCUGGCCUAAUUGCUGUGCUUCUUUGUCAAGCGUACAGUAGCUGCAUCAAUCAAAUUUACGAUGUAGAUAUUGACAGGAUAAACAAGCAAUAUUUACCUGUAACAUCCGGAGAUCUGUCAAUGAAACAAGCGUGGUUUUUGGUGAUAUUUGAAGUGCUUGUUGGCAUAUUGAUUUUGCGAUUGAUGAACGCCGACCGAAUCACAACUUCUAUGUAUUAUUUAGGUCUCCUAUUGGCAACGCUUUAUUCUACUCCUCCUUUUAGAUUCAAAGAAUCUCCCGUUGCAACAUCUAUCGUGAUUCCUUUGACGGGCGGUGUCAUUCAAAAUCUGGGUGUAUUUUACGCUACCCGAGCUUCGCUUGGACUUCCAUUUUGUUGGAGCCCCUCAAUUGUUUUCAUCACCACCUUUGCUACAUUGUACUGCACGGUCUUCAGUAUUAUGAAAGAUAUCACAGAUAUGGAAGGUGAUAUGAAGCACAACAUACGAACAUUUCCUGUGAUAUUCGGACCCAGAAAAAUUGCAAUGUUUAGCAUUGGGAUAUUAUUGGUAAAUUAUAUUGGUGCCACAGCAGCUGCUAUUUACAUGCCUCAGGCUUUCAAGAGCUAUGUAGUGUUGCCCGCUCACAUAAUCUUGGCCAUAUGGCUAGUUUUUCAGGCAUGGAAGUUGGACAAUGCAAAUUAUGCAAAGGAAGCAAGUGCAAAAUUUUAUCUAUUGCUUUGGAGUCUUCUUAUGUUGGAGUAUCUUUUAUUCCCUUUCAUGUAG